GAGAUGACAGUCUGAGAGGAGGAGGAGGAGGAGGAGGAAGGUCUGCGCUGCUGCUGGUUUCGAUAGAGGAGCAACGAGAGUCUGUUAGAGUGACACUGUGAAUUAGAAACAUAAAACCCGAACUAACGACUGGUUGGUAUAAACGAGCUCUUCAUUAGGAGUUCCUCUCGGAUGUAUCAGCUCCUGCAGCAGGCGGACGGCUCAGAGACACAGUGACGGUAUCAUGGCCGCCCCGUUUACUGAGCUGCCUUCCUAGAGUUGCCUGAUAUCUAGAUAUACACACCUUCACAUCCCUCCAGUCCACACAAACACACUUUUGACUCCGUGUGUGAGGGAUGACAACCUCCCAUCUGAACGGCCAUGUUGCUGGGGAGGGAGGAGGAGGAGGAGGAGGAGGAGGAGGAGAUGAAGAGCUGAGGGGAGGACAGCAACACCGGGAAAUGGCCGUCGACUGUCCGGGAGAUCUGGGGAGUCGGACGCUACCAGUCCGACGAUCUGCACAGCUGGAGAGGAUACGACAGCACCAGGAGGAUCUUCGUCGUCGUAGAGAGGAGGAGGGUCGGCAGCUGGACCUGAACGCCUCGCUCAGACUCAGGAAGCUCUCCCAGCAUCCCCACAUCGGCAUCGACAACCCCACAUUCCUGCAAGACUCUUACACAUCGCAGCAGCAAGCACUUGGCAGCCAGCACACACACACACUGCUGGAGUUGGAGGAGUUGCUGCUGUCACUGAAGCAGGUCCGGGGCUGCCUGUCCGACCAGCAGAGUCAGAAUGACAUAGAGCUGGUUCUUACACUACUAAACAAGUCUGACUUCCAGUCAGCGCUGAAGAUCCAUAAUGCAGUGGCCACCAGCAUGCACCGACCCUCUCCUCCAUACCCACACACAAACCAGGCACUUCAGCUGGCCAUGGAGGCCAGGAAUCUCAUCCAGUCAAGUCAGAACAAAGAGGGACUCGAACUCCACACCCUGCUGUCAGACACACACAUCCAGGCUUUGCUCCUGGCCCACGACAGCAUAGCAGAGACAGAAAUGCAGCCUGAGCCGCUGCCAGCCCAAGGAGAAACACUGACCCAGUGGGGAGGAGAGACUGUCAAGAUAGUUCGCAUAGAGAAAGCCCAGGACAUACCACUGGGGGCAACCGUUCGAAACGAAAUGGAAAGCGUAGUGAUCAGUCGAAUUGUUCGAGGUGGAGCAGCUGAACGGAGUGGACUUUUAUCAGAAGGAGAUGAAAUACUGGAGAUCAACGGCAUAGAGAUCAGAGGGAAAGAUGUCAACCAAGUCUUUGACAUUCUUGCGGACAUGCACGGCCUCCUGACCUUUGUGCUUAUUCCCAGCACUCAGAGCAAACCUCCUCCUGUCAAAGAGUCUGUGGUCCACGUGAAGGCACAUUUCGACUACGACCCAUCAGAUGACCCCUAUGUGCCGUGCAGAGAGCUGGGCUUGUCUUUCCAGAAAGGAGAUAUUCUCCACAUUAUCAGCCAGUCAGACCCCAACUGGUGGCAGGCUUACAGGGAUGGAGAUGAGGAUAACCAGCCACUGGCUGGACUUGUACCAGGGAAGAGUUUCCAGCAGCAGAGAGAAGCCAUGAAACAGACCAUAGAAGAAGACAAGGAGCCAGAGAAGUCUGGGAAGCUGUGGUGCGCAAAGAAGAACAAGAGGAAGAGAAAGAAGCUGCUGUACAACACUCACAGGAAUGAUGAUAUUGAUAACGAGGAGAUUCUCACCUACGAGGAAAUGGCUCUGUACCACCAGCCGGCCAACAGGAAGCGGCCAAUUGCACUGAUUGGUCCAACCAGCUGCGGGCAGGCGGAGCUUAGACAGAGGCUGCUCAACAGUCAACAAGAACGGUUCGCUGGAGCUGUACCCCACACCACACGGAGCCGUCGAGAUGGCGAGCUGGGUGGUCGAGAUUACCACUUUGUGUCUCGUCAGACCUUUGAGGCAGAACUGGCAGCAGGAAAGCUGAUCGAGUCUGGUGACUUUGAGAAGAACCUGUACGGGACAAGUACAGACUCAGUGAGACAGGUCAUCAACACUGGAAAAAUCUGUGUGCUCUGUCUGCACACACAGGCUCUAAAGGUGCUGAGGAGUUCAGACUUGAAGCCUUACAUCAUCUUCAUAGCUCCGCCCUCCCAGGAAAGACUCCGAGCCCUAUUGGCUAAAGACAACAAGAACCCCAAGCCUGAGGAGCUGCGGGACACCAUCGAGAAAGCCCGGGAGAUGGAGCAGAGCUGCGGUCACCUGUUUGACGCCGUCAUCGUCAACACGGACCAGGACAAAGCCUACAACGAGCUGCUACGACUCAUCAACAAACUGGACACUGAGCCCCAGUGGGUACCCUGCUCCUGGCUGCGCUGAAAACACACACAAACACACAUUACACACACACACACACACCAGUCAUAGAGUGACAAUGGAGCACACACUCAUAGAGAUCCAACAAACUGGAACCUGAAAUGCUGGGUGAGAGUUACGACGGAGUGUUAGGGCCACCGUCAGGAGACAACAAAUCUGAGAUUUGUACAGUUGUAAUGUUAUGAGUUAAAGUUGUAAUUUUAUGAAAAAACAACAUUAAUAUUACAAGAUGCUGUGGUUUAAUGAGGGAAAAGUCAUAAUAUUAUGAGAUAACUUAGUAAUUUUACAAGAAAACAUCAGUCUUAUGAGAAUAAGUUUCAAAAGACAAGUCAUAAUACUACCAAAUGAAAUUCCUAAAAAUGUGGGAAUAAAGUUGUGAUUUCACUAGAAAAGUCAUAAUAUUUACGGGUUCUCUAUAUGAUAUUAAGAGCAUUAAUAUAUCAUCAACAACUAUUGUCUAUGUAAAGAUAUAGAGGUGUAAUGUCUACCUGAGCAGGUUAACACUGUUAGCUCUGCCAGCACUGUUGCUGUUGUUUUCACGAUUAGCACUGCUAGCAACGCUAGCUACGAGACGCCGGCUCAGCCGUCUCCAUGUUGAGAGCCGUGUGGAGGCAAUACAAAUGCUCUGAAUUCUGUAUUGAGCACCUUUUAAAGAGCAAAGUCAUAAUAUUACAGGGAAACGGUGGUUAUUUUUUAGAACAAAAUACUACAGUUACUAUUUCUACAUGUCAUUUUUCAGUUAUUUUCAGUAUCCUUCUGGAUAUAUUCAUGUUCUUAUGGUGAAAACUAUAACCUAAGUUCAUCCAUAUUCCCUCAGACAGACUGCCCUCAACUCUUUACUAGGGCUGUCUAUUGAAAUAUAGAUCUUGUAAUUUUAUAAUGUAAAAAGUCUUAAAAUAUUAGAUUAGAUAUUAGAUUUGUUUUAUAAAAUUACAUUAUCCCAUAAUGUUAGGCACUUGUCUUGUGAAUCUGUGAACAAAUCUUACUUCUUUUCUAGUUAAAUUAGGACUGUAUCUCAAAAAAGUUUGACUUUCUCCCUAAAAUAUUACAACUUUAUUACUCAAGUUUUAAUUUAUUCUUAUAAAAUUUCUUUUUUUUCUCGGAAAAUUACAACUUAAUUCUUCAACUUUAAUCAUAACAUACAACAUUGUAUUCUUGAAAUAAUCUUUUUCCCUCAUAAAACUAUGACUUUGGAUUUUUUCCAAUAAAAUUAUAAAUUUAUUGUUGAAAUAUUAUGACUUCCUUGUAAUUCCAGCUUUAUUCUCCUAACAUUAGGACUUUUUUCUUGAGUUUUCUUCCCAUUGACCCUGAUACUCCGUCGUACUGCAGAGAGUAGAUACUCGGCAACACAAUCAGCAUCUUCUAGAAUGUAUCAUUAACUAAUGUACGUACCUGUCGGCACUGUAAUGUUAAAUACAUGCAAUUUAACCUUUGUGUGUAUUGACUGUCCUUAAAGGGAGGAAACCCUCAACAAAGUGAUCUUGGUUGGUGCCUAACUGGUCCAUAAUGUUUUGCAUUCAGCAAUGACAUUUAUACGCCACUGAUCUCUUAGUGAGACCAAAAUAUGGACCUGGAAAAUACUGUUUUUAUUUUAAGAAUUGUUCUUUCUCAGAAACGUGGGGCCUUGUUCAUUAUGCACCCUUUGCCUUUAUCCUGUGAUCAUUUCAACCAUUAUGAUUAAACAUAUUUAAAUUA